GGUUAAAUCAAAUAAUAAUAUUAGUGUAAGUCCAAAAAUUUGACUAAUUUCUUUUUUAUUUUCAUAUUUAAUUUAAUUUUUAUAAUUCAUUAAAAAUAAUUUUAUAAUUAAACCAAAAAAUUAAAAAAAAUUAACAAUAUAUAAUAAAUAAACAAAUAAUUAGUUUACUUCUCGUCCACCUAGACCUCGAAUAAUCCAUUCAUUCUCUAGACCUAUACAAAACGUUUAAACACUAAGUCACCGCCUAACGUUUUAUUUUAUUUUAUUUCUUACACUAAUAUAUACCAUAUAUGAACAUUCUCUUAACAAAAUUAUUAACAUGACCAUUAAAAGUAUUCUGUUUUCAUAUUUAAAAUAUAUGGCAUUUUAAUCCAAUUAUGAAGUUUGGGUUACCCAUAUAUUCAUUGUUCUGAAAUAAAAUAAACAAAAAGAAGAUAUUGGAAAAUAAAAAAUAUCUUAUCUUUUUAUACUAUUUAAAUAUAUGAAUAUUCAAGCUGUAAAUUUUUUAAAAUACCAAUUAUAUAAGUAUUUAUUAUAUAAAUAAUGAUUGAUUUUUGUGAAAAAAUAGUUCCACUUUUGAAAUAUAGAAAUUUAGAUAAAAUAAAAUUAAAUAUUGAUAAUGGAUAUAUAAUUUAUUUUAAAAACAUUGAGUGGCUUCUUUUCUAAUAAUCAGAAUUUAUAACCAAGGAUAUCAGACUUGUAGUCACAUUUUUAUUAAUAUAAUAAAAGUAUUUUUAAUAAUUUUAUUUCCUAAUUUCCAAUAUAUUAUAUUGUUUCCUAAUUUCCAUAAACAUUAAUUCUAAAAUGACUUACGAAUUAUAAACAAAUGAAAUAACAAUUAACCAACCAUUACUAUUUAGUUAUUUUGUAAAUAUUUACAUAUAUAUAUAUAUAUAUAUGAUGCCAAAAAAUCACAUAUAUAUAUAAAUAUAUAUAUAUAUUUAUACUUUAAAAAACAAUUACGCAUAAUUUUUUAACAUAUAAUUACAAAUAAAAAAUGAAAAUUAAACUAAAUAUAAUUAACAAAAUUAAUUUAUUUUCACCUAUGUAGAAUUAAAAGAUUUUUGUUUGACUUGGAAGCUGGAAGAAUGUAAUUAAAUAUAGCCAAAAUGAAUAAUUAAUCUAAUCAUAAUUAUAAUACCCAAAAUCACACAUGUAAUUAAGAAAAUAAGACAGUAUCAUCUAACAAAUUUAGAUAAUUGUUAUGAUUUAAUUAUUUUGUGGAUACGGAAGAGUCACUUAGUUUUAUACUCCUAAUAUAAACAAUCUAGAUUGAAAACCAACAUUAUUAUUUAGUUCAGAAGUAGUAUUUGGAGCUAUUAUGAAGUCAAUGAAACUAUUGCAAGUUAGUAUUUGGACGUAUUAAUCAGUUUGCAAUUAGUCGUAUCAUUUCAGAAGUUUCUAAAUAGUUACAAACUGAAUAACACCUCCGAAUAUUAAUUUACAAUAGUUUUCUUUCAGCCAGGCUUCUUAUGUCAUUUAAACUAUUAAUCUAUAUAAGCAACCUUGAAGACGUCCUCAUCCUCAUACCUCUCCUUCCUUGACAGAACCAAAACACAACUCUUUGUUUCCAUUUCAUUUCGCUUCUUCAAACCUCGAAAAGAAAUGGAAUUGUUCUCCAAAGGCAACGCCGUUAAGUUACUGAGCCAUCAUAAUAUGUUUUUACUCGCGGACGAGGACCAAAAAACCAUCCGUCAAAGCCGUCAACGAUGUUCACGGCUAGCCAUUUGGACGGUGGAGACCGUCAUUGGCAAACCGAAGCUGAUCAGACUACGAAGCUGCCACGGCACGUACUUAACGGCUAGCAGUAAACCGUUCCUAUUAGGUACGACCGGCGAGAGAGUGACUCAAACGCAGUCGUUUAACAACCCUAUGGAUUGCCAAACGCAUUGGGAACCGGGGGGAUACGGGGCUUCGGUGAAGCUGAAAUCGUGGUGCGGGAAAUGGAUGAGGGCUAACGGGGGAGCGCCGCCUUGGAGAAAGUCAGUUACUCACGACGAGCCUCCUAUGUCGAAGACCAAGAACUGGUUGCUUUGGUAUGUUAUUACCGUUGAUGGCUUUGAUCUUGAAAACGUGUCUGAUGGAUUUAAGAGCUCUCUUUCUUCUCCGCUUUCCCCACAUCUCCCCGGUUUGGGUUUCUGGUCAGCGCCUGGGUCACCCGUUUGCGGCAGGCCAAAGAAGAGUUUAGGUCGGUUCGCUUCUUUGGGUUUACGUUCAACGUCUCCGAGAUGGUCCCCAAAACUUAACAUGAAACAAAAAGAGAAGACGUGUAGCUUCGACGAAACGGAAACAGUAUCAGCAGUGGAGUUUUUCCGGAAAGCAAAAGCUGUUCGAAUGUGUAGCAGUCACAACAAGUAUCUAACCGCGGAUGAAAACGAAGAAACGGUGUCUCAAGGUAAAAACGGAUCAACCGAAAAUGCUCAAUGGACCGUUGAACUGGUUAGCCAUUCCUAUCAUGUCAUCCGUCUUAAAAGCUGUUACGGCAAAUACUUAACCGCUUCGAAUGAGCGUUUCUUGCUCGGAGUUACGGGGAAGAAAGUGAUGCAGUUAAAGCCGAGUCGGCUCGAUUCGUCUGUUGAGUGGGAACCAGUGAGAGAAGGUUCUAAAAUCUUGCUCAAGUCUACAUAUGGUAACUACCUCCGAGCUAACGAUGGACCUCCUCCGAGGAGAAAAUCCGUCACACAUGAUAAUCCUCGUUCCGCUACUCUGGAGUCGAUCUCGUGGGAGGUUGAUGUUGUUGAGAUCUUGAUUAAUCCUCAACUCAUGGAGGAGAUGGAGUUUACUCCGUCGCCAAGGAAGUUAGUGACUCCAGCGCCGCAUAGGAAACCAUCAAAUUUUCGGCUGUCAGUUUCACAUUCCAUGACUCCGUCUUCUUUCUCAUACAUAUCUAAUUCAGAAUCUGAUGAGUCUCCAUCGAAAGUGGAUGGGCGAGUUAUCGAUUAUCAUAUUAAUCCUUCAUCCAAAGCGGAGAUAAAGUAUACUCCCUCAUCAAAGAAGACACUUCCUUCGCCCCCACAUAGAAAGCCAUCUUGGAAUCCAUUUUCUCUUUCAGACAAAUCAGAUUCAGAUUGUGAUGAGUAUCUAACGAAAUCGAAUGAGCUAACAAACAAUCAUCACAUUAAUCAUCCCUUAAAUGCGAAGAUGAAGUCGAACACCCUGCAUCUGUCACAUCAUAGAAAGCUGUCUAAUGCUUUACAUUCGAAGACUCUGUCUUCCCUAUUAGACCUAUCAGAAUCAGAUUCUGAGUCUCCAUCGAAAUCCAAUGGGCAAACCCUCCUGAUAUAUGAUGAUAUUAAUCUUCCGUCUAAAACGGAGAUGAAGUUUACUCCGUCACCGAAGAAGAUGCUGCACCCGACACCAUAUAAGAAGCCGUUGAAGUCGACGCAUUCGAAGUCCUCGUCCUCUGUUUCAGACAAAUCAGAUUCAGAUUGUGAUGAGUCUCCAUCAAAAUCGGAUGGGCGAGCUAUCAAUUAUCAUAUUAAUCCUCCGUUCAAGUCUACUCUAUCAUCAAAGAAGACGUUGUAUCAACCACCAAAUAGGAAGCUGUCGAAUUCUUCACAUUCGAAGACACCUUCUUCUCUUUCAGACAUAUCAGAUUCAAAUUUUGAUGAGUCUUCAUCGAAACCGAAUGAGCAAACUAUUGAUUAUCAUAUUAAUAAACCAUCCAAGGCAGAGAUGAAAUCUACUUCGUCUUCGCAGAAGAUGUCGCCGCAUAGGAGGCCAUCAAAUUUUUCUCAUUCGAAGACUCCGUCUUUUAUUUUUGACAGAUCAGAGUCAGAUUCUGAUGAGUCUCCAUCAAAGUGGGAUGAGCAAACCAGCGUUUAUCAUAUCAAUCCUUCAUUCAAGACAGAAAACAAGUCUACUCCAUCUUCAAAGAAAAUGUUGCAUUCGCCUUCUCACUCGAAGCCGUCAAAUUCUCUUCAUUCGAAGACUCCGUCUUCCCCUUCAGACAUAUCAGAUUCAACUUCUGAUGAGUCUCCAUCGCAAUCGGAUGAGAAAGGUUAUCAUAUUAAUCAUUCAUUCAAGUUUGAGAUGAUCAAGUCUACUUCAUCUUCAAAGAAGCCAUCCAAUUCUCAUCAUUCGAAGACGUCUUCUUUUUUUGACAGAUCAGAUUCAGAUUAUGAUGAGUCUCCAUCGAAUUCUACUCUACCGUGGAAGAAGACACUGCAUCCACCACCACAUAAGAAGCCGUCAAAUUCUCCGCAUUCGAAGACUCCGUCUUCUCAUUCAGACAAAUCGGACUCAGAGUCUGAUGAGUCUCCAUCAAAAUUGGAUGUACAAACUGUCGAUUAUCAUAUUAAUCCUCCAUUCAAAGUGGCGAUGAAGUCUAGUAUGUCGUCAAAGAAAAUACUGCAUGGAAAUUCUGUUGAAUCUCCUCCAUUAAAACCGAAUGGGCGAACUAUCUAUUAUAGUAUCGCUGAUGAAAGACACAUGGAAAACAAAUCAACUGCUGGAUAUUUUUUCACAUUUAGAGGAAACAGUGUGGCAGAGCUGACUCAGACGCUACGAGAAGAAACAUGCUUGGAAGAUGUUGUGGUGUGCACUCGCAACCCCUUAAGUGGCAAGCUGUCUCCUCUUCGUUUGCAACUUCCUCCUAACAAUGGAAUACUCCAUCUCGUCUUACUACCCUCCAGUGGAAGUCUCUAUGAGAGACGUGAGAAUCGUUUUUAACUUAAAGCUCUCAUAUAUAGAGUUAUUGAACCUUUGGCUUGUUCGUUUUUUAUUAAAAUCCACCAUUGGCAAAUGAGUGACUGGCUUUUUGUGUGGUGAAGUUUUUGGUGAACCUUAUAAGAAACUAAUAAGAUAAUAAGAGUUGGUAGUUGGUA